UCCGUCGGUAUUUCUGUUUCUUUCUUCUCUUCCUUCCUGCGAAAAUGCUGCAACCCUUCUCUCUCCAAACGCUUCCAAUCUGAUCAUCUUCCAUUCAAAUCCCUAUCAAAAAUCAGAUCCAGAUUCGUAUUCUCUCUACGAUUGGACGGCGGGGAAUAGAGGUGUAGGAGUAGGAGGAGGAGAUAUGGGCCACAGGAUCGAGAACGAGUACGAUUAUCUCUUCAAGAUCGUCCUGAUCGGUGAUUCUGGUGUGGGGAAAUCGAACAUUCUCUCGAGGUUCACGAGGAACGAGUUCUGCUUGGAGUCAAAAUCCACAAUCGGCGUUGAAUUCGCCACGAGGACGUUACAGGUAGAUGGAAAGACGGUAAAAGCUCAGAUAUGGGAUACUGCAGGGCAGGAGAGAUAUCGAGCCAUUACCAGUGCUUAUUACAGAGGUGCUGUGGGGGCGCUUCUGGUCUAUGACAUCACAAAGCGGCAAACAUUUGACAAUGUCCAGAGGUGGCUCCGUGAGUUGCGGGACCACGCGGACUCGAACAUAGUCAUCAUGAUGGCCGGCAACAAGUCCGACCUGAAUCAUCUGAGGGCCGUCCCAGAGGAGGACGCCCAUGUCCUGGCCGAGAAAGAGGGGCUCUCGUUCCUCGAGACGUCUGCUUUGGAAGCUCUCAACGUCGAGAGGGCAUUCCAGAACAUCCUGACUGAGAUCUAUCACAUUAUAAGCAAGAAGGCGCUGGCUGCGCAGGAGGCAGCGUCCACACCCGGGCCUGGCCUAGGGACAACCAUCAAUGUUACAGAUACUUCAGGGAAUUUGUCAAAGAGGGCUUGUUGUUCUGCUUGAGGCCUCCUUUGAGAGGAAGAGAAAGAGACAGUGGAGGUAUAACAGAGCCAACAGAAUUCUUUAGGCUGUGUUUGGAUGCACUAUCAAAUCGAAAUGCAAUUAUUAGUCUAAUAAAGCGGAAAUAACCAGGUUGAAUUUUCCUCCCUUAGCAUUCAUAUCGAAGGGUGCUGCCUUCAAAUUCCAAUUAUGUUUAACUAAGUUAUACAUGAAAGAGAUGCAAGUGAAUAGUAGGGAACACUGUCCAAUUUUUUAAAUCAUUUCCUCUUGAUUAAGCCAAAUGUCGCAAUCCGAUUCACUUGUGCAUCCAAACACAGCCAUGUGCAUCUGAAAGUGGGUGUGUAGAUUAUUUUCUCCACUUCUCCGAGGAGAUGUGGUUGGGAGGCUGAUUCGUGCACAUUUCUUUAUAUCAGAACAGAAUUUAAUCAAAUUGAAAAGAUGGAACUGCAGUGUUGUAGGCUGUGGCUUUUCUCUUAUCUCUUAUUUGUUUUUUUUAUGGAACUGACUUGUGAUCAGGUGAUGAUAGGGCUCUCUCUCUCUCAUUGUAAGUGUAGUGGUGUGUGUGGGUCUUCUAUUGUUUUUUGAGCUCUCUUCCUAACUUCAUAAUAAAGAAUCUGUUGUUGUUUUUUUUCCCCA